GGCUGCUCUGAGUGUGGGAAAUGCUUCAAUCGGAGCUCAAACCUUAUCACACAUUGUAGAAUCCACACAGGAGAAAGGCCUUACAUGUGCUCUGAGUGUGGAAAAAGCUUCAAUCAGCGCUCAAGCCUUACCACACAUCAGAGAAUCCACACAGGAGAGAUGCCCUACAUGUGCACUGAGUGCGGGAAAAGCUUCCAUCAGCACUCAAACCUUAUCACACAUCAGAGAAUCCACAAGGGAGAGAGGCCUUAUACGUGCGCUGAGUGUGGGAAAAGCUUCAUUCACUGCUCUGCCCUUAUAAGACAUCGUAGAAUCCACACAGGAGAGAUGCCCUACACUUGCUCUGAGUGUGGGAAAAGCUUUCAUCAGAGCUCCACCCUUAUCACACAUCAGCGAAUCCACACAGGAGAGAAGCCCUACACCUGCACGGAGUGUGGGAAAAGCUUCAAUCAGAGCUCACACCUUAUCAAACAUCGGAGAAUCCACACGGGAGAGAUGCCUUAUACGUGCGCUGAGUGUGGAAAAAGCUUCAAGCAGAGCUCAAGCCUUGUCACACAUCAGAGAAUCCACACAGGGGAGAAGCCCUACACGUGCACUGAGUGCGGGAAAAGGUUUAAUCGGCGCUCAAACCUUAUCACACAUCAGAGAAUCCACAGAAGAGAGAUGCCUUAUAUGUGCGCUGACUGUGGGAAAAGGUUCAAGCAGACCUCAAGCCUUGUCACACAUCAGAGAAUCCACACAGGAAAGACGUCCUACACAUGCUCUGAGUGUGGGAAAAGGUUCAGUCAUUCCUCGAGCCUCACUAGGCAUCAGAAAAUCCACAUGAGAGAGAAUUGUAAUAAAUCCCUUGACUAGGGUUGGCCAAAACAAUUUUUUUUUAAAAAAAUCACAUUUGCUAAUUCCCGCAUAGUGAUUUUCGCAUCAUCUUCACCGUGGUCUCUCAGCUCCACCAGAUAAGUUGCCUUCUUCUGCCUUUUGCAGCUAACCCUUCUUUGGGGUCAGUCCUAUGAUCUUUUCUAUCAACUCCUUUCCUUUUGAGUCAUAGGAGUGUGUAACCCUCCAGCCAGGAAUGUUCAUGAGUUCCAAGUGGGGGAGAGAGGUUUGAUCCCAACAAGGUACACUGAGGCAAAAACUAUCUGUGCCUUCCAUCUACUAGGACUGUACAUGGCGUUGACUGCUCAAGUUAGUCAUCUUAAUGUAAAAAGUUGUAGUGCAGAUGCAGCCCAGGUGCAGUGGUUGGCAUUAGCUUUCCCCUUGACCUGACCUAAACUCCAUCACUGUUCCUAAUCUAAACAAACCCUGAGCAUCACGGUUAUACUGUUCCCCCAUCUCAAAGCAAUUGUUAGUCAUCGAUUUCUCCCUUGGGAAACUAAUUCUUUCAUUCCCAGUUGCUCUGAUGUUGCUUCAGAUUGUGCUGGAAAGCAGAUAUUUUUAUUAUUAUUCUUCCACACUUAAAAUAUAUUGAACUAUAACAAAGAGCAGGAACAGGGCAGGGAUAGGGAAAGAAGUCAUUUCAUUCUCUGUAACAACAGACAUAGUUAGGGUAAGUCAGAGGGAGUCCCUUAUUCCCCAUCACUCUCCUCCUUCAAUCCAUGCCAGAACCUAAGAAUCCUUUUCCUUUCCCCAGUUGUGGGAUGGGAGACUUCCAAAAGUACUCCCUGUGCUAUAGCACAUAGCUAAGGUCAGAGAAUAAACCCCAAAUCUCCCCUGAGCUUUGCUUUUUGAAUUCUGUAUUUCCGAUUACUUCAAGCCUGAGCAUUGUGAUUAUUUAUCAGUUUCUCUAGCACUGUUCCUACCACUGUUUCUGUAACAUAUUUUGUUUUUUUAUGGGAAAGGGUUGUUAUUCCUUUGCCUAACGCCAACCUGGAAGGCCAGGGUGUCUGUUUUCUCUGGCCUCUCCCCACAAACAAAUCUGAUAGGGUUGAACCUGCCAGGAGCAAACAAAAAGCCCCACCAGUCACACACACAAAACAGAUAGACACACACAAGACACAGAAGACACUGAAUUAUUUGAGCUCUCAACAUUUCCGCUUUCCCACAGCAUGUUAGUUCUGAAGAUUGUUUUGAUUUCUUUCUUUUCUUGGAACCAGAACUGGGGAAAGAGAACACUAGAGUCAGUGGAAUUACAGCAGGAAGAGAGAAGUCUCAUGAUUCGUCAAUAACCAAAGGCUUUGUAAACAGAGCGAUAAUGUUAUUGAAUAGUCUGGCUAACCCUGCAGUUAGAAACAAUCAGCUCUAUGGGUGGUAAAUUGACAAAGGCUCUGCUGCUGAUCAUGAAAUAGCAGCUGUUGAAAGGUAAUGUGCUUCUAUUUCAAUGCCUCUGGAAGUGCAGAAAACAAUGAUCUGUGUUAAAGGAAAGUUGCCAUUUCUCAGAGCCCCAAUUUCUGUUUUGUGUGUACAGGAAGGUUUGAAUAUGUAGCAGAUAAUUUGGUAGAACUUAGCUAUUUUAUGUGUGUAACAGGUUCCUGCCCACAUCCAGCAGAGGUUUCAGUCACAUUCUAUGGCAACUUACCGAAUGUCACACAAAUUAGUCCAUUCUUCCUAGUCAGUCUCUGACCGGAAUGUUCGAAUGAGGCAGAGAACUGGGAAAGUAUCGCAGUAGGACUACAUUAAAAAGUGGGAUUAAUCAGAGCUGGGAUGCAGACAAAGCCUGUUCUAGAGCUGGUGAAGUGACAGGG